AAAACCGAACAAACCGAACCGAAUUGACUUGAAUCGCUUCGGUUCGGUUUAGCUAAAUUUGAUCAAAAAUGGAACAGACCGAUUGAUUGCACAGCCUUAAAGAGAGGGGGCAAGGAGAAGAAAAUAAUUCGGAAAGUAGAGUAUCAUAUCACGGGCAGGGCGGCUAUGUGUUCCUUUAUGGAGUAGGGUUUCUGGAGAGCUCAGCAGGGAGCUUAAUUUCUUUUCGAAACUCGGAAUGCACUGAAGCUGUUUGAGGAAAUGCCACUCAGAGAAAAUGUUUAAGGCUUACCCAACAAUCACCAAAUUCAGUAUUACUUCUGAUGAUGACAGCCGGAUUCACAAGCUUAUUUUAUCUGAUGAUCCAUUCCAGAUGUUUUGACUCAGUCCCGUUCAGUGGUUGUUAGUACCAAUUUGACCUUUUCUCUUCCUAAAACCUGAAGAGAAAGUCCACCAACAAUCAUCAUGAGCAUCAUCUUCUUCUUCCUCCUGAUCAAUACAAUAACCCCAUUUGGAGAUACCUUCUGUGGCCUUCGGAGAUGAUGGCGACCGAGCCCAUCUCUCUCGUCAUUGACGAAAUCUCCGGUACCAUCUGUUCAGCAAAGGAUGUGGUAAUUGGAAGAAAGAGCUUCUCUCAGUUAUCUACUUGCUUGGGAAAAAUCAUUGACAUACUAGAAGAAAUAAACAAGAAGCAUCAUGAUCAUCAUGAUGACAUAGAUAUUGCAAUUGGAAUCAUUAGCCAGCAAACGAAGCUAGCCAAGUCACUUGCCGAAGACUGCUGUGGAAAUCGCAGCAGAGUCUAUCUCCUCAUCAACUGCCAGAGAAUCUUGAAACCACAACUCGAGGCAAUUUCAAAGGAAAUAGGCCAAGCCCUGAGCCUCCUUUGUUCAAUGAAUGGUGCAGCUGACGAUACAGAAGGACUGAGCAAGGAAUUGUUGCUGUUUGAAUUUCGGACGACGGCAGCCGAGGAGGAAGUUCUAAAUGAGAUUGAUUUGGGCAUCCAGGAACGGAAUUUCACCCGUUCAUAUGCAAACAGCUUGCUAACGCUCAUUGCCGAUGCGAUUGGGGUCUCAAAAGAACCAUUGGUAUUAACGAGAGAGCUUGGGGAGUUCAAGGAAGAAGUGGCUAAUGCGCGAAAGAGCAAAGAGAAAGAGUUGACUGAGGCAGUUCAGAUGGAGCAAAUUGUAGCCCUACUUGAAAAGGCCGAUGCUACCUUGUCUUUAAGGGAGAAGGAGUUUAAUUACAGUAGGAAGAGGGAUGCGUUAGGGAGACGUGCGCUAGACCCUCUGCAAUCAUUCUAUUGCCCUAUAACGGGGGAGAUAAUGGAAGAUCCUGUUGAAAUAUCAUCAGGACAGACCUUUGAGAGGUUAGCCAUCACCAAGUGGAUUGCUGAUGGAAACACUACUUGCCCGUUAACUGUGACAACUUUGAGUAACACUGUUCUCCGGCCCAAUAUCACCUUAAGGAAGAGUAUUGAAGAGUGGAAGGAUAGGAAUGCCAUUAUUAGAAUUGCAUCAAUUAAAUCGAUUCUUGGGUCUGCUGAUGAGGAAGAGAUGGUCAAAGGCCUUGGCCAGCUUCAAGAUCUAUGCGAAGAGAAAGAGUCUUAUAGAGAGUAUGUUGUAUUGGAGAAUUGUUUGAAGAUUCUUGUUGGGCUUCUUGCCAAGAGUAAUCGAUUGAUUAGGCAUCUUGUCCUGUCCAUCCUCAGCGCCUUGGCGAAAGACAAUGAUGGCAUUAAGGAACUAAUUGCUGAUGUUGAAAAUUCUGUUGAAUCCAUUGUGCGCUCCCUAGCACGAAGGAGUGAAGAACGUAAAUUAGCAGUGGCAUUGCUUUUAGAAAUGUCAAGAUGUGAGAUGGUUAGAGACAGUAUUGGCAGGGUUCAUGGCUGCAUUCUUCUCUUGGUGACGAUUUCAAACGGUGAUAACAAUCAAGCUGCCACUGAUGCAACAGAGCUGUUGGGAACUCUAUCAUUUCUUGAUGCUCUUCUAUAUUUCUUAGCUAAGUUUAGCUGCUAUGAUGUUGUAGUAAAAGGAUCAGGUGACAUAAAGAAGGUCAUGGUAGCAACUUUGGCUGAGAUGGAGCUGACAGAUCACAGUAAAGCCGACCUGUUUCGAGAUGGCGCACUUGAACCACUUCUGCAUUUGGUCUCACAUGGGGAUAGAGAUAUAAAAAUUAUGGCUGUUAAAGCCCUACAAAGCCUCUCAAGCUUACACCAGAAUGGUUUACAGAUGAUCCGUAAAAGGGCAGUUCAUCAAUUUAUGGACCUUUUACGCCCUCACGAUUCAACAUCUUCUGUUCUACAGGAAUUGGUGGCUGUUACUAUCAUGAAUAUUGCCAAAUCAGUACCAACUGUUGAAGAUGAUGAAUCCCUGGGAUUUCUAGAAUCUGAUGAUGAUAUCUCCUGGCUUUUCUCCUUAAUUAUCUCGACAGGGCCCAAUAUACAGUGCAGCAUUCUCCAAACAUUUUAUGCCUUGGGCCAACUUCCAUCAUCCAAAGACAUGAGAACUAGGUUAAGACAGUUCUCGGCAAUUCGAGUACUGAUACCACUUUGUGAGCACACUGAUCUUAUCUUAAGGGCAAGUGCUGUGAAGUUGCUGUCGUGCUUAAUGGAAGGUGGAGAUGAUAGUUUAUUUACAGCUGAUGCGGGUCAGAGUUUCUUGAAAGCCUUAUCAUCGAUCAUUGAAACAUCUAAUGAUGAGGAAGAAAUAGCUGCUGCAAUGGGCAUUAUAUCAAAACUUCCUGCAGGAUAUGAUAAAUUCACGCAGUGGCUUCUUGAUGCAAAGGCACUUAAAAGCAUUAUUACAUUUCUGACCGAUGUUAGACUUGUUGGGUUACUAAAGAAUCCAAUUCUGGAGAAUGCUGUAGGAGCUUUAUGUUUCUUCACUGUGUCGACAAACCAUGAGUCUCAGAGGAGGGCAGCUGAGGCUGGGGUGAUCCCAAUGCUUGUUCAGCUGUUGGGGUCUGGCACUGCUUUGACAAAAAUAUAUGCAGCGACAUGCUUAGCUCAAUUUUCGGAGAGCUCGCUUUCUCUUAGCAGGCCCAUAGAUAAACCAAAAUUCUUCUUCUGCUGCUCAACUCCACCUGAAUUAGGUUGUGCAGUUCACUUGGGUGUUUGUUCAGUGGAGACUUCGUUUUGUCUGUUGGAGGCUGAUGCAGUGAAGCCAUUAGUGAGAUUGCUAGGAGAGGAAGAUCAUACUGUAUGUGAAGCUUCUUUGAAGGCACUGGCAACUCUACUGGAGGGUGAAAUGCUGGAAAGAGGCAGAAGAGUAAUUUCGGCAUCAGAAGGAAUCGGGCCAGUAAUACGUCUCUUGACUUCUCAUGACACUAAUCUGCAGGAAAAGGCUCUGCGAGUCUUGGAGAAGAUUUUCCAGUUGGAGGAGCACAAGAAAAUGUAUGGUGCUUCAGCACAGAUGCCUCUAGUUGACAUAGCUCAGAGAGGAAGUAGGAAAAUCCGAGCUUUGGCAGCCCGGGUACUUGCCCAUUUGGAUGUGCUUCAUGAUCAGUCUUCCUACUUUUAGAUACAUCUGAUGAAAGCACAGAAUGAAACUGGGCAACCAUCUACAACAAUCCCAGGAGCAGUAGGACAAGAAGCCAAAGGGCAUCCAUCCAAGUCGUUUCCCCACCAGUUCAAACUGAUGUUCUCCAACCCCAGG